AUGGAUAUACCUUCGGCUCUCAAAUUACUACGCAAUGCGCCAAUUGAGGCUCUACAAACUCAUAGCACCGAGGCAGAUUCGGCUUUUCGUGAAAUCGAAGAACGCUUGGGAGGACUUGGUCCCCCACAAGACGGGAGUUUCUCCCACCAGCCUUUGUCCAUUGCAAUGAGCCCACAUACAAUCACAAUUGGACUUACGGAAAGCAAAUUGGUGAUAGACGUCCUUUCCGAGGCGUACGACGAAGCAAAACGAUCUGGAUAUCCCAAAGUUGAGGUGAAGCUCUCCAACGCGAAGAAGUUCAUCGAAUCAGUUCAGCAAUUAUGGACUUAUAUUGCUAAAAGAUCUACCGAUGGAAACCAGGGGAUCGAGAAUCAACUGCCGGAAAAUGAUCGCCCUAGAAAAUGUCCAAAGAUCAAAAGCCCUAAUCAGUCAAAACAUGUUGUUCUUCCAGGCCUCAUGGCCAAAGCGUCGGAUUGGACAGAUAAUCCUCUUUCAUUCUUCAAAGAAGACCAAGCUCGGCUCAGCUUGAAGGAGGAGCCUCUUGCUGAAGCAUACAAGUAUUUGAUAAAGCUUGGAAAGCGGGCUGCCCUGGAUAUAAUCCGAGGGAGGCUCUUAAAGAAUAUUGCGCAGAUUAUAUCCCGAUCCGGCCUUGUCGAAGAUUGUGACAUUAAAACUAUCACGAAAUGGCUGGAUGAAGGAAAUAGGAUUGACGGAUUAUGCCGAGAAAUUGGAAGUAUCCAAGGCAUUAGAUACUCCCACCUGAGAAACCUUUUUUACUUGAAUAAGGUCGUUGAUACGAGAAUUACAAGGCUAAAUUUGGACGGCGAAUCCCGCACUGAGGAGAUUCAGGAAAUCAAAACUAACUUGAUUUACGAUCCAAAUGAAGCACUGAAGCUUGAAGAAUUGGCAAGUUCGCUGAUGAACACGCUAUGGAAGGCGAUUGAAGACUCGAUCCCUGAAAUUUACUCGCCGCAGGAAACGCAGCAGAUCCCAAUCUUCCAGGUCCAUGAAGAUUACCCUCUGGUGCAUACUACUCAAACCUCAACCUCUUUCAGUAAUAUAUCACAACAUAUGUUUGAAGACUCUGAUACUCAAAUCUCUUUAAUCCAAGGUUCAGCUCAAACUGCUAGCUGUGGUAUUUUCAAUGGUGAGGACAUUCCCUACGGAACUCCUAACACCGAAUUCGGGAAUAGACCCAUUCCAGGCGGAAACGAGAAUGGCAAUAUAAUGGAUACUUCAGGUGCCUUUGCAGGGCUCUUGGAUCCAUUAGGUGUGUCUGAUACGGAUUGGGAGGGAAGUGUGGUCAUAGGCGUUUCCGAUGCUGGACUAAUACCGCCACUGUCCUACUCUGGCGCCACGUUAAGUGCAUCUGCUGCAUAUUGGAGUGGUAGCACGGUAAUGGAUGUUUCUCCUCCUUGA